CCCCCUCCCCGAGUCCCCACGCCCCCUCCGGGACCCCUCCCCGCUGCGCCCGGGUUCCCUCGCCGCGGCCCCCCCCAUCUCCCCGCAGCAGAUCCCGCGACCCUUUUCUCCGCGGCCCCCGCUCUCCGCCCCCUUCCCGCUCGCACUUCCCACGCCCCCUCUUCGCGCUCCUCUCCUACCCUGGCCGCCCAGCCCAGGGCUGCAGCGGCUCCGGAGGAGGCGUGAAUCGCGCAGGAAUAUUGACUAAUUUGGGGUGGGGUGGGGGGGACGGUGGGCGAUGGAGCAGCCCGAGGACAUGGCGUCGCUCAGCGAGUUCGACUCCUUGGCGGGCAGCAUCCCGGCUACCAAGGUGGAGAUCACCGUGUCGUGCAGGAACCUCUUGGACAAAGACAUGUUUUCCAAGUCUGAUCCACUGUGUGUCAUGUACACUCAAGGGAUGGAGAACAAGCAAUGGCGGGAGUUUGGACGCACGGAGGUCAUUGAUAACACGCUCAACCCGGACUUCGUGCGCAAGUUUAUUGUGGAUUACUUCUUUGAGGAGAAGCAGAACCUCCGUUUUGAUCUAUAUGACGUUGACUCCAAGAGCCCGGAUCUAUCUAAACAUGACUUCUUGGGCCAGGCCUUCUGUACCCUUGGAGAGAUUGUAGGGUCUUCUGGGAGUCGUCUGGAGAAGCCUCUCACGAUAGGAACUUUCAGCCUCAACUCCCGGACAGGCAAGCCUAUGCCAGCCGUGUCUAACGGAAGUGGUCUUUGGAUGGAAAGCUCCAGAACCACUGGUCCGGAAGCUUCCGGUGGUGUCCCGGGAAAGAAAUGUGGUACCAUCAUCCUGUCUGCAGAGGAACUGAGCAACUGUAGGGAUGUGGCCACAAUGCAGUUCUGUGCCAACAAGCUGGAUAAGAAGGAUUUCUUUGGGAAAUCCGACCCCUUCUUGGUGUUCUACAGGAGCAAUGAGGAUGGAACGUUCACCAUCUGUCACAAGACGGAGGUCAUGAAGAACACCCUCAACCCAGUGUGGCAAACCUUCUCCAUUCCCGUGAGGGCCCUGUGCAACGGAGACUAUGACAGGACCAUCAAGGUGGAGGUGUAUGACUGGGAUCGUGACGGCAGCCAUGACUUCAUUGGGGAGUUCACCACCAGCUACCGGGAGCUGGCACGUGGCCAGAGUCAGUUCAACAUCUAUGAGGUGAUAAAUCCAAAAAAGAAAAUGAAGAAAAAGAAAUAUGUGAAUUCUGGCACGGUCACCCUGCUUUCUUUUGCGGUAGAGUCAGAGAGUACCUUCCUGGAUUACAUCAAAGGAGGGACGCAGAUCAAUUUCACCGUGGCCAUCGACUUCACUGCCUCUAACGGGAACCCCUCGCAGUCCACGUCCCUGCACUACAUGAGUCCCUACCAGCUGAACGCCUACGCGCUGGCACUGACCGCCGUUGGGGAGAUCAUCCAGCAUUACGACAGUGACAAGAUGUUCCCUGCCCUGGGCUUCGGGGCCAAGCUGCCCCCGGAUGGCAGGGUGUCCCACGAGUUCCCGCUGAACGGCAACCAGGAGAACCCCUCCUGCUGUGGCAUCGACGGCAUCCUGGAGGCCUACCACAGCAGCCUGCGCACUGUGCAACUUUAUGGCCCCACUAACUUCGCCCCUGUCGUCACCCACGUAGCCAGGAAUGCCGCAGCUGUGCAGGACGGCUCCCAGUAUUCUGUACUGCUCAUCAUUACUGAUGGCGUCAUCUCAGACAUGGCACAGACCAAGGAGGCAAUUGUCAAUGCUGCCAAACUCCCCAUGUCGAUCAUCAUUGUUGGCGUGGGCCAGGCCGAGUUCGAUGCCAUGGUGGAACUGGACGGUGAUGACGUUCGGAUCUCAUCCAGGGGGAAGCUGGCUGAGCGGGACAUCGUUCAGUUUGUGCCCUUCAGGGACUACGUGGACCGCACCGGCAACCACGUACUGAGCAUGGCCCGCCUGGCCCGGGAUGUGCUGGCUGAGAUUCCUGACCAACUGGUGUCCUAUAUGAAGGCACAAGGCAUCCGCCCACGCCCACCACCCGCUGCACCUGCCCAGUCACCCCCAGAGUCUCCAGCCCACUCACCUCCUGGGUCCCCCCUGCACACGAAUAUCUGAAGCCAACAGAAGCAAGGGACUGAGGCCCCACUCUCCUCCUGGUCGACUUCCCAGACUCUACUUGGAGGGCCAGCAGGAAAUGGGAUAUUAGGGCCUCACCCCACUUCCUGGACUCAACUUCACACCCAAAUCCAGGGGACUGUGGUAUAGCAAACAAGGGGUGCACAAGAUUCUGGGGCUGAAUGGACUCCCCUUGUCCAUGCUAGACAACCCCAAGACUCCCCUAUUUUUGCAGCCCAGCUGGGCCUCCUCCAGCUCCUGUCCCCUCCUACCCUAGUAUCUAGUGUCCCCAGUCCCAUGAGAUCCCCUGUCCUGUUUCCAGGAAACUCCAGGCUAGUGGGCUACCAGGGAUGCAUGUGACCCUCUUAGGGACACCAUAUGUGAGCAGAUAGAGCCCCUUCCCCAAUCCUCAAAGGCUCAGUGGUAUGCCAGAAUGUUCUAGAAUGGUCACUGGCGCUAUCACAGGUAGCAUUGAGAUGUCCCCUGCUCAGUCCGGAGGCCACUCACCUGCUGGGCACAGGGUUAGCCCCUGCACUCCGCCUGUCAGUGGUUAUGGGACAAGAGACAGAGGGCCCUGAGUGCCAACCUGUCCCACCCACAUCUAGCAGGAACCCCAUCCAGCACAACCUCUGCUCGCUGGGCCUCAGUGUCCACACCUCUGUGAUGACAGGACUGGUCAGAUGGUCCAGUGUUCCCUGAGCCAUCCUGAGGGUACAUCCAUUCCACACACAGCCUCCCCAUACCCUCCUCAUGACCACCAUUCACACCCAGGCCAUCUAGACUCUGGGGUUACCCUGUCGCAUCCUGUCACCCCAUACCCCAGCCCUUCAAAGCUCCUGCCCCUGCAGUGGGAAGAUGGCAAAAGGCCACCAUCCUUUGUCCACUGGGGCAGGUCUUGCAUGUGUCCCUUAUGCCGCAUGGGGUCCCCACCUAGCAUCUCCCAUCAGACCCACCUUUGUCAUGCAUGGUGAUGGUGAUGUUUUUACUGUCUGGUCCUGUGCCUGUCUGAGACCGUCUCUGUGGAACUUGCCUUAAAUUGAAGUAAACCAGUUCUUUUAGUAGA